GAGAGAGAGAGAGAGAGAGAGAGUUGAGUUGUGGAAAAAAAGCCUAGCAGUGAACACACGGUCUACUCACUCUGCUCUCUGCUCCACAGGAUUAUCUAACUGCUGUGUUCAGAUCUGAUAGAAAGAGGACAUGCAGACAUGAAUAGGGCUGGUUGUAGUAGUGUCAGUAACAGCAGCAAACCUCAGUGAUGGACUACAGGCGGACAGACGCUAACCUCAACCUGCUAUUCUCUCACAGACCCACUCUCCUCCUAACUGAGACCAGCUCCGCAGAAUGCUGAGUCCUAUUGUCCCCUAUAGCCUGUAUAAGAUGCACUGGAAUCCGGAGCAUGCCCAGUCCCUCAGCCAGUGGCCUGAGCAGCACCUGGAUGUGUCCUCCACCACCUCCUCGCCGGCCCACAAGUCCGAGCUGUACGCCGCUGGCCGCGCCCACGGCAGAGGAGGAUCCACCCACGGCUACGCCUGGGCCAAUGACGACAUUGGUGCCCUAACCGCCUCCAACCUGCUGAAGAGCUAUGCAGAGAAGUACUCUGGUGUUCUAGACUCGCCCUACGACCUUCCACCGGGGCCCGCUGUAAGGGCCUACCCAGAGCCAGGGGCCUUCGGAGGCCUCAACGGCCUCAAGACUGAGCUGGAGCCCUGGCCCCUGAGCCACAGCGCGGAUGGGCCCUACCCCGUGUCCCUGGAUGGACUGUCGGGCCCCAAGGCCGGGGCCACAUCAGCAGGGCCCCCAGGGGCCAGCAGUGUAUCAGGGGUCAACAGUAACCUCUCAGAUUCUGGUUAUAGUGGAAGCAGCUCCUGCUCUGGGUCUCGCUCCGGUGACUACAACCCCCCCAGCUACAACGGUACCUACCUCUCGUCUGGGUACUGCCCCGGGCCCCUGCCUGGCUCAGCACUUCCCCCCGCCUCCCUCCACCACCCCCUCCAGCCCACUCCCACCCUGGUGCCCAGCUACUCCCCUUCCACCCAAGUUUACAACUACCCGCCAAGCAGCUACCCCCACCAGCCCAGCCUGGCCCCCGCUUACAGCCACCCUUCUGCAGGGUACUUACCCUCCGGGCUGGCCGCCCCUACUCCUCUCCCCUCCCGGCCCACCGUGGUUGGGGGUAGCUACAGCUACCAGGAGUCCGGAGGUGGGUUGAAGAGGAAGGCAUUUGACAUGUCAUUGGAAGAGGAGGAGGGGGAAGGUUCUCGAUACAGGAAGUAUUCAGGCUACGACCCAAUGAAGCCCGGAGGAGGAGGGGACUCUCUCUCUCCCUACAGCGUGGGGGAUAAAGGAAACAACAGAUUCACCACAGGCAGCACAGAUUCCCUGGCUUUUAAGCCCAGUAAACCCUCCUCCCAGCCCCUGGUGUCCCCUCCCUAUAGGGUGACUGUAGCAGGGGAGAACAGCCCGCCAGCAGGGAUGACUGGGAAGAAUGGAGGAGGAGGAGGAGGAGGGUCAGAGAACCAGGGCUUCUCCCAGCAGCAACAUCAGCAGCACCGCUCCUCCCAGGCCCACAACCACAAAUGCCCCUCCCUCCACGGCCAGGGCCAGCCUGGGUCUGGACCAGGGGAGACGGCCAGCCUGAAGAGCCCAGACCCCAGGGUUCUGGAUCUAAUCAACGGGGAGGUGCUGGACUGCAGCCCGGCCCUGCUAUGGGGGGAGCUGGCUGGGCUGACCCACGUCAAGGCUGCCCUGGAGGAGGAGCUGUUGUGGCCCUGUCUAAGGCCCAGCCCCGCCAUCCUCCCCCCAGCCACCGUGCUGCUGUUCGGCCCACGGGGUAGCGGGAAGACCACCCUGGCCCGCUCCAUGGCUGCCCAGCUGGGGGCCUCCUUCUAUAGGCUCAGCGGGGCCAUGUUAGCUUCUAAAGGCAAGGCGGAUGCCGAGGGGAUCCUGGGGGCCACGCUGCAGGUGGCAGGGGCGAGGCAGCCCUCUGUUGUGCUGCUCAGUGAAGUGGAGGCUCUGGAGGAUGAGGAGGGGCUGAGGCAGGUGUUGCUAUCCGCCCUGGAGAAGGCCCAGAUGGGGUUAGGGUCGGCGGGGGGAGCCCCUGGGCUGGUGAUCGUGGUGUGUGCCACUGGCAGGCCAGACCUGCUCCAGGAUGCGGUGCAUCGGAGCUUCGCCAAGCACUACCACGUGGGCCUGCCGGACGCGGGGAUGCGGAGACGGGUGCUGCUGCAGGCGCUAGUACCCCAGGGAUGUUCUCUCAGUGACAGGGAGCUGGGGGCUGUACUGCAGCGGUCAGAGGGCUUCUCUGUGUGGGAGCUGCUGCAGCUCUGUCAGCAGGCCCUAUCAUCAGCAUCCUCCUCGGGCCCCCAGGGGCCCCUACACGGCCUCUCAGGACAGGCUACGGGGCCCCCAGCCCUCAAAGACUUUGAGAACGCCUUCUGCAAGGUGCGUCCGCAGUCACACAACACCCCGAAAGAACUGGACACUUGUAUGGAGUGGAGCAAGGUGUACAGCCACUGAGAAGGCAGCAAGACAGCCACUGUAUGUAAUGUAAUGUAGGGGACUGUGAAUCUUAACCCUGUCUUCACUUUUGACAUGAUGACAAGUCUUGGGAAUGUUUUUUUUUUUUUUUUUUGUAAUUACUUAUUAUUAUGCAGCCAAAAUAGUUAGAUUGUCAAGAUUGAAGGUUUGGGAGAGCUGAGAAGCAGAUUUAAAUUAGUUUUACCUGGUUAGCAUGCCAUGGUGUGCUGUUUUUGCUAUUAAAUAUAAAUAUACUUUAUUUUUCCCAAAGAAAAAGAUAGAUGAGGCCUUUGUGGACGGGGCAGUGUAUUACAAUAGUAGUUUAACCUAUGUGGUGGGAUAACUGCAGCAUUGGAGAUUACUUCUCAAAGGUUCAAAUCCUAACUUGAGAUCCAUGUGUAUAACUUGUCUCUCAAAUCUUCUUGACAUCAAUGCAUGAAUCACGCGAAAGUCGAGUUGAGUGCAACGUGCAUCUCUAGUCAGUUAGGAUUCCACCCAAAGAUCCAGAUUUUUCAUGUUCCAGGACAUAAAUCAGUAAUGUGUUGUCAAGGUGAUGUAGUCCAAGAUGAUGGAUCAUCAGGGUCAUUAGGAACAACCUGGACUUGUCCAAUAAGAAACACUUUUUUUUGCUUUCCGUUGCAAAACAGAUUGAAAUGGGGCAGGACUACCAGGACUUUUCGUUUUUCGUCGCAAAACAUUUUCAAACAUUUGUUCCCUAAUGAACAUGAUCCAGGGAUUGUUUGAGAGAUACCGCUGUCGACUGACUGCUACUCUCAGGACCCUAUUUAUUACCAGUUUUAGUUUUCAUUGGUCAUUUGGUGUGUGAAAACAGCUUAGAAUCUUUUUGAACAACUAUAUCGUUUUUUUUUUACCAAAAAUUAUCAACAAUACCUCAUUGUCUCUUAGCAUUAUGGGUUAUUAACUUAAAACACAACUUUUAGCUUCUCACCAAAAUCAUGACAAUUACUGUAAACUAUUGUCAUUGUGCUGAAAUAAUUAAACAAAAAGCAUCAUCAUCAUUUGAUCUGGUCUUAUAGUGAUCACUUUGAAUUAAUAUUCCCUCUUUCCCCUAUAGUACAGUAUCACCUCAUUCAUAGCUGUUUUGGAGACAAAACCACUACAAUAGCUCAUCAAUUGUGUACAUCCUGAAUGGUACUGUACAUACAAAAAAAUAAAACGUUAAUAUGCAACUUUUACAAAAGCGUUGAAAUGGAACAUAAAGGUCAUGAGACUGGGUUGUGGUUGAAUAUACAACACUAUCAUUCAAAGCCAUGAGCAUAACAUCCACAUAUAUUUGAACUGUGGUUUAUCACACAUUCCUCAUUUAGUGCAGUUUUUCCUGAGAACGCUGCUUUAAUACAGCCCUAUAACACAGACAAGCACAGCAAGGCAAGAUGGCGGCUCCUUUGAUGUCUGUUUGUCUCUUUCACCUAUCUGCUUGUUUUAUUAGUAUGUAUGUAUGUAGUCUUGUUUGAAAUGCUCAGGAAGAAUUUCUUUACCUCAAAAAUAGAAAAUAAAGAAUGUAUGUAAUCUUCAGUCUUAGUGGAGAGAGGGGAGGAAGAGGUUGAUGAGAAAGAGGAGAACAGACCUCACACAGUCCUGUUGUAUACACACUGCAGCUGUCUGUGCUAUGCCUCGGGGGAGAAACUUGAAAAUGCUACAAAGAGUAACAUUGAAUGUAAUUCAGGUAUUUCAAAGGAUAUUUGAUCCCAUCAAAUCCAUGUUUUUAUUAUUAUAUAUGAAUACAUAAAUACAAAAAAAAUCGUAUCCUUUUAUUUUUAAUGUAGAUGUUUUUGGUGGAAUGAUGGUUGUCUUUAUGAAGUGUUAUGUAGAACACAGAAAAUAUUCAUUUUUUGCUGGACAAACUGUUUACAAAUCAACUCAAAGCAUUGUGAGUUAACAUGUCCUAUUCAUGCAUUAAUGUUACUCUUAAUUGAUAUCUAUUAAUAAAAGGUGCACAUUUAUGUGCACAUAUAUUCCAAGCCUGGACACAGACAAGAAGCAGUAAAACCAUUGUCAUAUACAUUUAAUUGUCAUAUACAGCAGAAAGAAAAUAGAAAAUGGUCAAGGACCUAAAGAUUAAUCAGCUAUAUGCAGUAGGCAGCUAAUCAUGUCUAACAAUAACAAUAUAUUGUUAAUCAGUAUUAUGCAUUAUGUACAAUACAAUACAAUCCUAGAUAUAACAUGACAAUCCAGAGGAAAUCAUACACACAGGGUUGUGCUAUCGCUACUACUCUGUUUAACAACAGCCUGGAAAAAUGUUGUCAUUCAGUUCAGCUGCAGGUACUGCGAUGAGGUCAUGUUUAUUGGACUGUUACCAUGGCGUGUAGACUGGAGGUUACACUGGAGGAUGAUGUAAUCUUCUUCUUCUUCCUCUUCCUCUGACUCUCUUUAUCUCUCACCAUCUCUCUCUCGCUCCCCUUCUCUUUACCUCUCUUUAUCUGUACCCAAUGCAGUCAUUAUAGAGGUAGUAUCGUCCCCAUAGCCCUAGCUGCUGGCCCCAGUGACCAUGUGGCUGGCCCCCCUCUGCCCUCUCCCUCCAUCCCUUCCCUCCUCCUCUCCUCCUCCUUUUGGAGUGGCAUUGCUCUGAUUGAUGUCCAGCAACCUAAUAUCACCACUUUGGCCUCUCUCCAGUCUCCCCUGUACAGCUGGUGGCUUCAGUCAUGCCAUACAGCCGGGUCAAACACACUGACCCCAAGGUUGAGGCACAUAUCGUAAAAGAAGUGCACUAUAAAGGGAAUAGGGUGCCAUUUGGGACGCAUGAUAGAUCUACGAAACUGAAAAUACAUCUUCAAACUAAGCAUGAGAAAUAAGCCUUAGGGAGCCUCUGAGAGAUGGGUUUAAAUAUGUAAUCAUUUAUGUGUAAUAACAUUAAGAUACAUAAUUGAUAAGGAUCAUUAGAGGCAGUUAUAAUUAGUUUUCAGAUAGAGGUGUUACAUAUCAGGCAGGGGCUGGGGUUUGAGGCAAAUUGUCGUAGUUUAUAAAAGUCAUGGGAGUUUAGUUCAUGAAAAGCAGCCGAUAUCAAUACUAUCAUUAGUUAAUGUGAUUAAUAAAAAAUCUUUUAGCUAUUUCCCCGAGCUCAAAUUCCCCAAAAUCGUCCAUGUUUGUCAAAUAUGUAGAUUCAGAAAAACAUACUCAUUUUGUUCAUUAUUCUGUCAGUUGUUGUUUUGUUGUUUUUCGUUGAUGGAUUACCUCACUCUACAUAUGUUACUGCUUGAUGUAUUAAUCAGAGAUAAUGAGUGGGAAUAGGUCUUAUCAUUAGAGUUAUUGAUGAUUGGGUGAGGUAGUACUUCCUAAAGGAAAGCCAAACAACCUCACAAUGUCUGACUCAUGCAUAUCAUUGAAGUCCAUCAUGUCUACAAUACACCUUUGUUUAAUCAGGGUUGUGUCUUCUUAAAGCCAAUAAGGAAACAAAAAAAACAAAAACAGUUUGUUCAACAAAAUAGGCUUUUGUUAGCUGUUUUUAAUCUAAUAUUACAGUAACUUUGUUCUUGGUUCUUGUACAUUUUAUGUAACAAUUUCUACCUCAUUCGGCAACAUAUUGUACAUGAAAGUAUUAAUGUCAUGUCUGUUUUUUUAUGUCUGUUUUCAAACUGGUAAUAAUGUUCUUGAACUGUAAUAAUGGUCUACCUCAGAAAAGACUAUUUUAAGAGAAGAUUAUCACACAAUAUUAAACAGAAAUAUGUCAAUA